UUCUAUUUCUAUUUUCUUUUCCAACAUUUGUUACCACCUUUGUCGCUUUCUUCCAUGGUGGUAUGUCCCCGGGCUGCCCUCCCCCUCCCUCCCCGGACGCGCUGCUCUGACCUCCCCGUGCGCGCACCAGAGCCUCGCGCACUCCUCCACGCACCACGGGCUGCGCUCAUGUCGUCUCUUUGCGCUUUUCUCAACUAAAUUGUAUUUUAUUUUCAGCGGGAAUUCCCUCAGCGUCACACCUUUUCAAGGGACGCCCAUGGCACUGUUGUGGACCGGACUUUUGUUUUGCUUUUACGCAGUCGUGCUUGGACAAGAGAAGCAGCCUUCAGUGCGACAGUGCUGUGAGGAUGGCAGAGUCAGAGGCCUUAAAGGACAGGACUGUACAAUGCUCCCUCUCAUGUCCUCGGAUCACACCUGCAUGAUUGCCCAAGAACAGUGUUGUGCAGCGACUGUUGAAACCAGGUUUUGUGAUGUUGGGAUCAAGAUGGCCGAACAGAAGGGAGCCUGUGAAAGACCUUUCCUCCAGGGAGACCUACUGGAAACUCAGCUCUCCAAGCUGUGCUGUGACUGCUGUGUUCUGGGGCAGACAGCGGCUCUUCAGGGUUUGGGCUGUGAACUGGAGGGGGUGAUUUUGGGAAAGCUCUGUAAGCACACGGCCAGAGCCUGCUGCAGCCAAAACAACAGCACAGAGACCACCAAAGCGCCUGCUAAAGAUCUGGAGAAGAAUUUUGAGAAAGAUAAAAUUGGGACCCCUGCUACAGCGAAGCCAAAAGAAGACGACACACAGUCCUGCAAAGACUCCAUUUGCUCACAGUUGUGUUUGGGGAAUGGGACGUGUGGCUGUCAGGACGGAUACCAGUUGAAAGAGGACGGUGUGAACUGUGAGGACGUGAACGAGUGCUUGACUGGCAACCACAACUGUAUCUUUGGCCUGUUCUGUAUAAAUACUGAAGGGUCAUUUCGCUGUCAGAGAGAGACAGGCUGCGGGACUGGAUACGAACUCAUGGACAACAACAGAUGCCAAGAUAUUGAUGAGUGUGUCCUGGGCACUCAUAACUGUGGACCAGAGUUCAUGUGCACAAACACAGCCGGGUCAUUUCGCUGUCACCCAAAGGAGACCUGUGCCCCAGGGUACAUCCAAGACGCCAUUGGACACUGCAUCGAUAUAAAUGAGUGUGUGGUGUACACCAGCCCGUGUCCGCCCGGUCAGACCUGUAUAAACUCUCUGGGCUCCUUCACCUGUCGCAGAAACACCAUCACCUGUGGGCGGGGCUAUCACCUGACUGAGGAUGGCUCACGCUGUGAAGAUGUGGAUGAAUGCAGAGCAGGUGUGUGCGGAGGCCACGGCUGUGUGAACCUGAUCGGCUCUUAUCGCUGUGAGUGCAGAGUUGGAUACACCUUCAACAGCAUCACCAAACUCUGUGAUGAUAUAAAUGAGUGCAGGCAUUACCCCGGGACUCUGUGUGCUCAUAAAUGUGAAAACACAGAAGGGUCUUACAAAUGCAGCUGCACCUCUGGAUUCAAACUGACCUCUGACGGCAGGAACUGUGAAGAUGUAAAUGAGUGCGAGAAUAACCCCUGCAGUCAGGAAUGUGCCAACGUCUACGGCUCCUACCAGUGCUACUGUCGCCGUGGUUACCAGCUCAGUGACCUCGAUGGCAUCACGUGUGAAGAUAUUGACGAGUGUGCUCUGCCGUCUGGCGGCCAUGUUUGCUCCUAUCGCUGCUCCAAUGCUCCAGGAAGUUUCUACUGCACCUGCCCCACUACAGGCUACACACUCGCCCACAACGGACGCUCAUGUCAAGAUAUCGAUGAGUGUGCCACAGGAAGCCACACCUGUUCCGUGUCUCAGAGCUGUUUUAAUGUCCAGGGAGGAUAUCGCUGUCUUUCCUUUGAGUGUCCUGUGAACUUCCGCCAAGCAGCACCUGGAAACGACGGCUCUGUGCGUUGCAUCAAGUCCUGUCCUCCAAAUGACUUCAGCUGCUCCCUCGACCCAGUCCACCUCAUCACCUACACUGUGCUCUCUCUGCCAACCUUCAGGGACUUCACUGGGCCAGAAGAAAUUGUCUUCCUCAGGACAGUUGCAGUUGCCAAUGCUGCUCCUUAUCCAGGCUCCACUGAUGUAGUGUUCGACAUCCUGUCUGCAGAUGACCAGCUCUCUUUUGAUGUCAUUAAAAGCACAUAUCAAGGCAUGAUUAUGGGUGUGGUCCGUCAGGUUAAGCCGAUCACUGGCCCAAAAGAGAUCGUUGUGGAGGUGGCCAUGAACUAUGUGAAGUCUGGAGCUGUAUCUCAUCGGAACAUUGUUGAAAUCCACCUCUUUAUUUCCGCAUUCUGGUUCUGAGAGCAUUUGAUGUGACAGAGGAAAAUAUGGACAAUUAUGAGGAUACAAAUUAGACUCAGGCUACUGAAAAUUGUUUUGUUCUUUGGCUCAUAUAACAUAAUGUGUGAUUUACUUGUUUUUGUUCUUAAAAAUUUUGGUUUGCAGAUCAACACUAGGCUGUAAUGCCUAUAAUGGUCCUCUAGGUCAGUGGUUCCCAAGUUUUUCUCCCAACAACUUGUAUAGUUACUCAUGGAUACACAACAAAUUCAAAAGUGUUAAAAAUUCACGGUGUUGGUGUUGUGAGGAAAGUGAAGAAAUUACAGAUAUGUUUCAGUAUAGUCAAGAGUUAUUUCAACUUUGACAGUGCUGUAGAGUAAAAUAAGUAGUUGUUGAUUAUGUGUUGACAUAAAAUGAGUAGUUGUUGAUUGACAGUGUUAACGUUAAAACACUUAGAAAGUGUGUAUUGUGAAUAUUACACUACAUCAGUGUUGGGCUUUAGCUUUGGAAGGUGAAAUGUGGCUUCUCUCUCGGACUGUAGCUCUCCCGCUGGAAACGAGCUUGCGUGUAUGUAACGCGAUG